GGGUUACACAGGACACACCUGAGGGUUACACAGGACACACCUGGACACACCUGUGCACACCUGAGGUCUCACCUGGGUGUUACCUGUUUUUCCCAGGAUUCCGUGCGGCUCCUGGCGGUGGAGGCGUGUGUCAGCAUCGCGCAGCUGCUGCCGCAGGAGGAGCUCGAGGGGUUGGUGAUGCCCACCCUGCGCCAGGCGGCCGAGGACAAAUCCUGGAGGGUGCGGUACAUGGUGGCUGAUAAAUUCACCGAGCUCCAGCGCGCCGUUGGGCCCGAGAUCACCAAGACGGACCUGGUGGGCGCCUUCCAGAGCCUGAUGAAGGACUGCGAGGCCGAGGUGCGGGCGGCGGCCUCGCACAAGGAACUCGUCUCCGACGCGAACCAACACGUGAAGUCGGCGCUGGCCUCGGUGAUCAUGGGACUGUCCCCGAUCCUGGGCAAGGACAACACGGUGGAACACCUGCUGCCGCUGUUCCUGGCACAGCUGAAAGACGAGUGUCCCGAGGUGCGGCUGAACAUCAUUUCCAACCUGGACUGUGUGAACGAGGUGAUCGGGAUCCGCCAGCUCUCCCAGUCCAAUCCCAGUCCAAUCCCAGUCCAAU